AGCUAGCUAGUAUCUGUAUCUUCUCUUCCCAACUUUUUGUGGGAAAAUGUUGAAAUCUCAUCAGGUAAAGUCCACUUUCCUUUCUGGAACUGCUCCUACAAAUCUUGCCUAGAUCGAUCCAUCUACCGUCUGUCUCUCUCUCACUCUAAAAAUCGGGUUCUUCUCUCUCUAGCGCUCUUCUUCUUCUUCUUCUUUCACUGGUGUACAGGAAAGCGCCUCCAGCUGAAUCCGUAGUUUCACUCGAAGAAGGUGAAUAGAUUCGAAGAAUGGCGAGAGAGAAGAUCAAGAUCAAGAAAAUCGACAACAUAACGGCAAGGCAAGUGACAUUUUCGAAAAGGAGAAGAGGGCUGCUCAAGAAAGCAGAAGAACUAGCAGUUCUUUGCGAUGCUGAGGUUGCUCUCAUCAUCUUCUCCGCCACCGGAAAGCUUUUCGAGUUUGCUAGCUCAAGCAUGAGUAAUGUUCUUGGGAAGUACAGUCUGCAUUCAAAUAACAUUGAAAAGAUGGAUCAGCCUUCCCUUGGACUGCAGCUAGAGAACAGCAAUCUUGCCAGAUUGAGCAAGGAAGUUUCAGACAAGACCUAUCAACUGAGGCAGAUGAGGGGUGAAGAUCUUCAAGGUCUAAACAUAAGUGAAUUGCAGAACUUGGAGAAAAUGCUUGAAGCCGGUCUAAGCCGUGUGCUUCAAACAAAGGGUGACCGAAUCAUGAGUGAAAUUGCUACUCUCAAAAGGAAGGGUGAUCAGUUGGUUGAAGAGAAUCGGAUGCUGAAGCAAAAAGUGGUGAGGAUUUCUGAAGGAAAAUGGCCUCUCGCAGCGGUUGCUGCCACAGAUUCGGACAAUUUGGUUAAUAAUCCAGAAGAAGGGCAGUCGUCGGAGUCGGUCACUAAUGUCUGCAGCUGCAGUGGUGCUCCGCCUCCUGAGGAUGAUUGCUCCGACACUUCUUUAAAACUAGGGCUACCUUUUUAACUAGAUGGAAUCGAGAGAAGAUGGAAGGUAUAUGCAGUAUAAGGAAUAAGCGGCUUAUUAUCCCAUUAGCAGCUUCAGAUUACUUUUGUGACGGGUUUGCCCUCGGUAUCUUUGCAUGCCCUCGUAUAAAUGGAACUAUCGAUGGUACAAUGCUUGAGAUUACUUUUGUGACAGAUUUGCCCUCGGUAGCUUUGCAUGCCUUCGUAAAAAUGGAACUAUCGAUUGUACAACUGUAUAAAUUAAUUAUAUUUGGUUGCGUAUAUGUUAAUUUUUGUUUAACCUAAUUACAAAAAUAUAUGUGUGAGAAUCAUUAAACAAUUAGUAUCGGAUUGUCAUGGAUUAC